AUGGCAUCACCCACCACCGUAAUGCUCCGUGUAUUUUCCAUCGUCUUUCUCUUUUUUACUUCUGUCCUCGCCAACACGGAGAAGACCAUCUUCCUCGGCCCGGAACCCGUCACCAUCCCUCUCACCCACCCAACCCUCUCCGACCUCCGCCUGCACACCCUCACACCCGCACCCGCCAACGGGACCCUCCGGACCCAACUCCCCGCCCAGUUCCCCUCCCCCGAACACCCCGAGGGGACAGUGACAUGGCUCCUCCUCGACAACCUCGCCCCCCACCAGCGUUAUGAAGUGCGGGUCUGCUGGGCAGCCACGCAACCAACGGCCUUCACCCUCACCACCUUCCCGCUCUCCACAGUAUGGGACACGCCCUCGCUCAUCACCUCCCUGCACGCCUACACCGCCGCACAGCAGCAACUACAACAACCCCCACCCAAAGCAGACGACAGCACCAGCAGCACCACCACCACCACCAGCACAGACAGCAGCGAAGAGCAGAAGGAAGCCUCCCUCCUCCUCCUGCGAAUCGCCGCGGCCGCCGACUAUUUCACGACCAACGCGUCGCUGAUGCGGGAGGUGCCGCCCGUCGACGUGGACAUCAUCCUGGACCCGUUCCUGUUCAACGCAGUGCCGCGCUCCCUCGUAGGUACGGCGUGCUUCAUUGUUGCGGUGGCCGUGGUGGCGUUCUUCGUGGCGAGGUGGGCGGCGGCGCGGAUUCAGGGGUUGGUGGUUGCUAGUGGUGGUGGUGGGUGGGAAGGGGCCGUCAAGAAGAGGCAGUGA